AUGUCUAUUAAACCAGACUCUGUACCAGCCUCAAUUAAAAAGGAUAUCAAUGUUACUCCAUUCAUAGCAAGAGCUCUGGAGCUACAAGCUGUUCAUCCUGUUGUUAGCUACUACUGUAAGGUCUACGUGCUUGAGCAUAUCCUUUCCAAUAAGCUCCACACUACCGAUAAGGAGGUUGAAACAUUUACCAUCUCGUUACUUGAAGAUACAGAGAAGAUCAAAACUUCCACUGAAGAUGAAGACCUUCACAAGAUCCUCACCAACAGGCAAUUGUCCUUAAAUGUCCUGUUUGCCUUCGUGUUCAAGUUGUUCCUCAGCUCACUCGAGGAUAUCUCAAAUUACGACGGCACCAACAAGAUCCAACUUGCAAGCAAGUUGAGAGCUUCAAUCAAUUUCAUGACAUCACUUAAGGUUUUUACUGGCGACGGCGAUGACGGCCUUGAUUUUGGCGAAACUACUGGGAGCAAGUGUACAAGUAAGGAAGAGUUCACAACGUUUAUCAAAGAGAAGACUAAAGUCUUGAAGUUUCAGCUAAGUAAGUUGAUCAAAGAUGAAAUACCCUUGAAGGGCGAGGAUGAAGACGAGGAGCUUGCAAAGUUGCAAGAUGAAGAGUUAGAGAAAGCGGGAGAAUCUCUCCCUCACGAGAGCCCCUCUGCCUCCGAUAAACCACUGACUGAGCCACAUGAUCAUGAAGCAGAGACUCCUGAUUUCCCAUCAGCUCAACCUCCGGCUUUGCCUAGUCCCCCACGCAACGAUGAACCUGAUAACCCUCUUAAUCUUCCCGGUGCCCCAAAGUAUGAUCCGGAAAGCGAACCAAAUGCCGAUGAUGAAGAAGUGAAAUUGCCUGGUGCUCCAAAAUUCUUGCCUGAUGAUGACUUAUCCCACAUUAACAAGGAUUCUUCAAUCAAGGUCUUCCCUCCAGGUGGUAAAGAAGAGAAGGAAGAAGAAAAAACACCAGCAAAACCUUCCGCUUCACGUUCUGGUUCCGCUAAUCCAAUCUCGCACCAUAAACCUAUUACUAAAGAGAAUCUCAAAUCAAUCUUGGAUACUGGCGAACAGAUCACUCAAGUUCAGAAGCAUGCGAAGUUUGCUAUCUCGGCUCUUAAUUAUGAAGAUAUCGAGACCGCCGAGAAAGAGUUGUUGAAAGGCCUUGAAGUCUUACGCUUAGUGAAGGAAAACUCCUAA